UACCUGCGGUACGGUUUAAAAGAGUUGUUUAACUAAUUGGCGGGAGAGGGGGAGGGGAGAUCUACGGAGGCGGGGCGAAAUCGCUAGCGAUCUUAUCCCCCAGGGAGGGCGAAAUCGCCGGGGGGAGCGAUCGCAUGUGACACCGGCAUUCCAUGGUCCGAUCCCGCGCUGGCUAGCUUGUCCACCCUCAAGUCUUUUCGAACAGCCCACGGUAGAGACAAGACACCCUAUAAAGGAUAAAGGGCUUCUUGUGGAAGGAAUUCGAACCGACAAAGUCAAGUUCAGCGAGAAACGUCCAUUCAUACUCGUGCAAGCUCUUAACAAGCUUUGUUGUUCCUGCCUGCUGACAUAAACGGCAAGAAUGGCGGGUCGACAUACGGAAAGGGCAGUGACCGCAUCAAAACGCUGCUUCUUUGGUAUCGUCAUGGUGCUUGUUGUUGGGAGCUUGCUUCUCUUCGGUGUUCAGGAAAGUUCAUGGAAACCUACACCAAACCCACUCCUCCACCCGUACAAUCUAAGACCACCCUCACCCGUUAAAUCGUAUUUAGAUACGUACUUCAAACAACUGAAGUUUUCCUUACAGUCUCACUCCAGUGAAAACUUAACGGUAGGGGACACGUUACGCGUUGUUAUCUUGGCUCAGGACAAGCAAGGGAACAUGACAACUAACAUAGGUGAUUAUUUCCGGGCGUCCAUUUUGAAUCUAAAAACCAAGUCCGGUGCAGUUGGAAUUGUUGAAGACCACCGGAAUGGUACGUACACGGCAAUCUUCCGACUGUUGUGGGCGGGAGAGGUGAACAUCAAUGUCCAACUUGUGCUCCCACGUCAGGCUAUAGAUGUCAUAGAAAGAACUGUUAGGGAACAUCCUAUCGACAAGAUUAUGUUUGUGAAACGCUACAUCGUCGGUAAGGCUAAAAUCGACACCAGGUGUAACGUAGACCCGGCCGUGUUUAACACCACCGCCCCGGUGUGUAACUACUCCGACCCGCACGCAGGAGCCAGGUGGUACUGUGAGAAAGCCGACAACAUCUCCUGUAACACAUCCGGGUACCACGCCAAGCAUUCAACCACUAGUUCUGUCAAGCUGCUGAAGGAUGGAGAGGAAAAACUGUUUGGCAGAGGGCUGAAUGGAGUAAAGAAAUCCAUAUCUGGGUCCCCAUCUAAGAUCAAUGUCAUCAGCGGCUUGGACCCUUUGGUCAACCGCACGCGGUGCAUGCCGGGACUUCCCACCCCACAGAUCUCCGGAUUUUAUGCCGGAGGCGUCUGGAACUCACUAGUCUGUCAUAACAGACACUUCUCCAACCAAUCAGAAUGGAGGAAAUGUCUGAAGGGGAAGACCCUUCAUUUCAUGGGAGACUCCACCAUACGACAGUGGUACGAACAUUUCGUUAAGAUACUAAACCUUACGGACAGUCCACUUCCGGACGCCAUCCACCAGACUGGACCUCUGCUUGCCCGUGACACAGUAAACAACAUAACGGUAAAAGAUCGUUCCCACGGACCGCCUCUCCGUUGCGGAUGGACCCGGACAUUCCACCUACAGUACGUCGCCAACGUCAUAGAUGAAAUCGAAGGAGGGCCAAACGACGUGGUCGGCAUCACUCUCUGGGCCCACUUCACCACGUACCCUGUGGGCAUGUACAGAGAGAGGAUGGAGGCCAUCCGAGCUGCGAUUCAACGGCUGCAUCAGAGGAGUCCCCAGACCCUCGUGGUCAUCAAGUCCGCCAACACACGGACAGGGAACGAGCUAGUCGCCGGAGACUGGCUGGCGCUCCAGAUGGACUUGGUGAUGAGAGAGAUGUUUGAGGGGAUGAAAGUUGUUCUGGUAGAUGCCUGGGAAAUGACAACAGCACAACAAUGGCACAAAGACGUCAUUCACCCCGCCAGUGACAUUAUCAUACAAGAACUAGAAUAUUUGUGUUCUUUUAUUUGCCCCUCCUAACUGUUCCUAACAGAAUCAGAGCCAGAGCAUUGCUGAUUAUUUGAUAGUCAUGAUCACGCAGGGGUUAUGCUACCAUAAACCAGAUAAGCAAUUGUUAUCGUCAAAAAUCUAGGAACAAUAAUCAACUCAAGUGUCCUUCUUGUUCAAGAAUGCCAUGACUAAUGCUGCUAAUGUUUAAGUUCUUGCAAAGACCGUGGGCUAUUUCUGGACAUUAGGCUUUGACUUCUGCACAUUAUUCUAUAAGUUACAUUUUAUAAGUUACUGUACUUUAUUCAGGCUGGUCAAUGGCCCCAUGACAGUAAACGUAGUAGCCGUACAAAUAGACAGCAGUUGUGUGUUUUCUAUUUCUUAACUUUACUUCUGUGAUGCUGUAGCCCCGGGCAUAAUUUUUCAGAUAAUAAAGAAUCAAUCCAUGACCCUUUGUGUCUAUGGUAAAUAAUGGACCAUGCUUGGUAGACCUUGCUGUGCAAAACUGGAUAGCUAGGCGGCGCUGUUG